AUGGCGACAGCUUCCUCUGCGCAUGUUGAGAAUUACGACCAGUCCAAGUACUGGGUCGCUCCGGCCCGGAACUUCAAAUCGUCUGCACGUUUGCACCUGCAGCACUUCCUCAUCCAAAAUACCAUCGGAUACCUUCUGGACCCAGCCGUCGAGAAGUCUGUCGUCGACUCCCAGCAGUCGCAGCAGCCAAAGGUUGCCGAUCUCGCUUGCGGCAAUGGGAUAUGGCUGAGUGAACUACAUUCUGCCCUUGAACAGGCCAAUAUUUCUGCCCAACUAGACGGCUUCGACAUCAACCCCAUCAAUUUUCCGGACUCAGCCUAUUUACCAGUAUCCGUGUCCCUCAAGCAACUUGAUAUCCUUGCGAAGCCUUUGCCCGCGGAACUCAUCGGUGUCUACGAUAUCGUCCAUAUCAGAGCCUUUGUGAGCGUCAUCCCCAAUGCAGACUUGACACCUGUGCUCUCUGUGGCAUCUGAGCUGCUGAAGCCUGGCGGAUUUCUGCAGUGGGAGGAGUGUCGAGGUGACAGAUUCAUCGUGGAAUCGCCUGCACCUCAUAUAUCCAAGGCUGCCUGUGACAACGUCGUACAGGUACUCAAGGGAGGUGCUCAGGCCAAGGGCAUCCGUUAUGACUGGGUGGAUGUCCUGGAUACGCAUCUGGACCAGUAUGGCUUUCAGAAAGCGCGCCUGCGCCGGCACGAGAAAAGAAAGCAGGAUUUCAAAGGUUGGACUGAUGAUUACUUGAUGGUCUGGGACGAGCUUGCAGUAUUCUUUCCACCAAAGGCAAAGGAACCUGAUGCACCACUCACCCGCGAGACGUGGCUUGACCUUUUUGCAGCAGCGGUCAAGGAGACGGAGCAAGGCGUUGUGGUCCAUCAAGGAGCAGUCAUAACCGCCGUUGGUCAGAAACCUCUAUGA